UGACAGCGGCGACAUAAAACUUCCAACACGUGUGCCUUUUGUAAAAAAAUAAAGGCGACUGCAACUGUUGUGCGUGCCAGCCAGUUCUGAGAGAAGAGGUGGCUGAGAAUUAAAAAAAAAGUCAACAUGUGCAUCACAGGCUUCUGUGGGACCGUGGCUUUCGUCCUCCUCGCGGUCGCAAACGUUAACAGCAAAGUGUUGCCUACAAGUUCAGAAAGAUUGAAGAGCUUCCAUACAUCCUCAACUUAUCUUCCUGUGAAUUAUGAACUCUCAAAUGUACAGCUGGCCUUUUUCCUAAAUAAAGUGAAACCAAAUCCACAAUGGAACAUUACCAGCACAGUACAACGCCUGGAACACUUUGUUGUAUUUCAAACAAAGGAACUACCAUUGGUGAAUGCAACAUUAGGACCUUUCUCCAUGGAUCGGAUGCUCCCAAAAGAUGUACUUCAGCCCACCAGUACCUUGGAAGUACCAAACCAAUUCACUAUGAACUGGAAAGUGAGAGCCUUUAUUAUCCAGCAGAGAAUUCCCUUUAACCAACCACUUGUCCAGGUUUUGUUCUACGUAGCAGGUCGAGAUUGGGAUGAUUUUGAUGUUGUGGAUAAAUUGCCCUGUGUUAGACUUCAUGUUUUUCAAGAUAUGCGGGAUAUUAAGAGCUCCUGCAGGCUAAGAGGAAUCCUAGCCAUGUGCCUAGUUCAAAUUGAUUUGCCUCUUGCCUGGUUUAGUUCUCCUAUCUCAGAUCUGGGAAGAAAGAAAUCUGUGGAUAAUUUGGAUAUUGUCAGCGAAAAUCUUCAAGUUGAACUCUACUACACCUUGCAUCCUCCAGAUGAAAAUGGGGAAUGCAGUGAUGUAAAUUCUCGUAAAGGAAACAGUAUUAGAAAGGAUGGUUCUAACCAACAGCCUCUGCUUCGUAUAGGCAGCAUCAAUUUGUACCAACCUCUUCAAGAUCAGUUAAUUCAGGAGCAUAGGCUUGAUGGCAAUAUAUUUAUUCGCUUGCCAGAAAGACCAUUCAAACCUGGGGAGAUCCUUAGUAUUUCUGUUUUUCUAACACCAAAUUCAACAGUGGAGCAAUUCACAUUGAGGGUAAAAGCCAAAAAAGGAGUGAACUUGAAAAACAUGUGGCCCAAAAAACCUGAAACCUGGCAGUUAAGAUCAGAAAUCGUGAAUGGAGGAAAACAUUCCACAGCCACAGUGGAGCUGAAUAGAAAGCAAGGAGUCUUAGAUGGAGGAUCUGCUCAGCCUAAUGAAAUUAUUCAAUUGAGCUUUGAAAUGGAAAAUUUUACCAGCCAGUCAGUGACAAGACGAAUUAUGUGGCAUGUUGACUACCGUGGAAAAAAUCCUCCUCCAGAUUCUGACAAAGUGGUGACAGAAUUAACUGUGAUUCAAAAGGACAUCCGGGCUAUUGUACCACUCUCUAUGAAUACUGAAAUCAUCAAUACCGCAAUACUUACAGGAAGGACUGUGGCUAUUCCUCUAAAGGUCAUUGCUGUGGAAGUGAAUGGAAUCGUCACAGAUGUGUCAUCCUUUGUUGAGUGCAGGUCCACUAAUGAGGAUAUUAUUAAGGUGUCCAAAGGUUGUGACUAUGUGUUUGUGAGUGGCAAAGAAUCUCAAGGCUCAAUGAAUGCCCGGAUUAUGUUUGACUAUGAAUAUUUAAGUGCUGCACUAGAGUUGACAGUUUGGGUACCAAAGAUUCCACUGCAGAUUGAAUUAUCAGAUCACAAAUUGAGUCAGGUGAAAGGCUGGAGAGUUCCUAUCCUCCCUGAUAGAAGGUCCACCCGUGACAGUGAAGAUGAAGAAGAAGAAGAACGAAGCAAAACACGAGGCUGCACUCUGCAAUACCAGCAUGCAUUAGUACGAGUCUUUACGCAAUUCCACACAACCUCUUCAGAGGGUACAGAUCAGAUAAUCACCAUGUUAGGAUCGGAAUGGUCAGUUGACGUCACCGAUCUAGUCAGUGAUUUCAUGAGAGUGGAGGACACAAGAAUUGCACAGAUUAUGGAAGGCAAUAUACUUGGUGGACGUGAACCUGGAACUACUAUGUUCAAGGUUGUUUCUCCAUUAACUGAGGCUGUACUGGGGGAAGUGCCAUUGACUGUUGCUGAUGAUAAAGUCACCAUCACUGACCUCCAAGCAGAACUUGUAUCUGGUCUGUCGUUAAGUCUGGAGUCUAAUCCUGGGACUAGCCACAUCUUCAUUGCCAAGACAACAGCUCGUCAGCACCUACAAACCCUCAAACAGGAAGGUAUCUUGAGUUCAUGGAUUUUCUACAGUGACAAUACAGCAGCACCACUGAUGCUCUACAAUGUCAAAGACUACAACCUAACAAUUAGUACACUAAAUGAUAAAGUGGUCUCUUCUAACCAGGACUCUGCUUGGCCCCUGAUAUUAGCAGAAGGUGAAGGAUCAGGUGAAUUUAUCAAGGUGGAACUGGGUAUCUGUGAACUCUGUAAAAAGGCAAACCGCAAGAGCAUACUGUUUGCAACAUUUGUUGAUGUCAAGGUUCGCUUUGGAUCUGAUGAUGACUCAGAAGAAGACCUAGAAAAUACUGGUGAGGAUUAUGCACCUGAUGGAGUUAGAUUUGAAGGCAACCCAUUUGGUCAUAAACCAAAAGAGAAGGGUCAAUUUGAUUUCCUGCCAGACACUUCUUCGGCAAGUAACCGUGAGGAAAGUGUUAUGUGGAAGACCAGCACAACUGUAAAAUCAGCUGUGGAAGAAAGGACUGACUCGAAAGCAGAACGAGGCAAGGGUGUUGAUGGCAUGCAAGAUAAUGGAGUGCAUUUUGAUAACACAGGGAUGCCCAGCAUGCCUCUUGACAUUGAUGUCACGGAUCUGCCAAAAGAUCUUGCAGAUCCUGAUGAUGAGUAUACCCCCACACCAAGGGGUCUAACUGAUUUGGAGAUUGGAAUGUAUGCACUGUUAGGAGUCUUCUGCCUCGCUAUACUAGUUUUUCUCAUCAAUUGCAUUGUAUUUGUCCUCAAGUAUAGGCACAAACGUAUUCCCCCAGAGGGUCAAGCUAGCAUGGAUCACUCUCACCACUGGGUUUUUCUAGGCAAUGGACAGCCUCUUCGUACCCAAGCUGACCUGUCACCCCAACCUGAAAGUCCUGGCAAUCCCUUGGAAAACAUCCAGACCUGCUGCCACAAUGAUCAUCAGAGCAGUGGCAGCUCACAGACAAGUGUACAGAGUCAAGUGCACAGCAGGGCCGAUGGGUCAUCUGGGAGCUCAGUAAGGGAACACAGUGAGGACCCUCUGCACUCACCCACCUCCAAACGCAAAAGGGUCAAGUUUACUACUUUUGCCACAUUGCCGUCAGAAGAGCUUGGCUUGACAUACAACUGUAUCCCUAUAGCUGAUGAGGAAGACAUUGAGUGGGUCUGCCAGGAUAUGGGUCUCAGAGACCCAGAGGAACUACAAAACUAUAUUCAGAGAAUAAAGGAGAUUGCCUAGGCUGCUGCUACUUUACUUUGCUGCAUUUAUAGUUACCAGAUAUUUGUCACAUUAUACAGUUUUUGGUUUGGUCCACAGAAGGAAACGACAGUGCCUGGAGGCUGGAUGAACAGAAAAAUGGGCUCCAGCAGCACUUUUGGCCAAAUGGGCACUGAUGAUGCUGCAGUUAACAAAAUGGAUUUGCACUGAGAAGCUGGUCAACCUUUUCGCAAAGAUUACUCUCUAUUGAAACAGUAUUGACAAAUCACAGCUGAUGACAGAAUAUUCUCUUAUGAUUUAAAAAAUGAUUGGUUUAGCACAGGGGCAUACAGUUUGCUCAUAGUGAAAUAAAAAGCAUGCUGGAUCGCUCUAUGUAGGCGAUGGUGAAAUGGGACAGCAUUGGCAUUUUAUUUUCAACUUGGACUCCAGAACACCGAGAACUGCAGAAAAUUACCUAUUCUGCACAGUGUGGGAUUGUUAUUAGAUGUAAAACACUCCUUGUAGUUGAUAGAUAUGAAAGAAAAAGUACGAUAAGACCCUUACCAAAGUGGUUUACCACUGUAAUGAGUUGAUUGCUUAAGACAAAACUGGAAUUGAAACUAAGUGGCAAAUGUUGAUUUUUUUUUAAGUAUUUUAAUCGCAAUUUGAGUCCACAGUCAAUUCUGUACAUUGACAACUUCUAUUUCAUCCACAUUUCGAUUUCAUUUAUUCGCAGUAAUGGAAGCUGUUGAUGCAAGAGCAUGGCACAAAUUGCAGUGUUACUACUGGUUGUCGGAAAGCUGAUACAUGAAUGAUUAAUCAAAGUUGAUAUGAAAAGGUUUCUCUGUUUAUGGGAAACAAAUAAUGUUCUCAGUGAAGUGUGAUAGCAGCAAUCUAUAAACAUUUGUUAUUGGCCUCAUUUCAUUUUAAUUUAAUAUGCACAUUCACAAUGCAAUUUAUGGAAACACUAAAGCGGAAAUGUCCAUAUAUGACCUUUCUUAAUUAACCACAUCGGCAAUCAAUUAUGCUCAAUUCUAAAAGAAAACAAAAAUCUUAAUUUGCUGAAAUUGGGAUUCAGUGGUUUUAAUCACAGAACAACAGUGACAAAAUUAAUACUUCCAAGAAGAUUCUUUAUAUUUCCUUGAGGUGGUGAGCAGCUACUUUAAAUCAGUGAGAGGCAUUGACAGAAAAUAAACCAAAUCCAUUGGCUUUUGUAAAUUGCCAAAGGAAAAUUUAACUCAAAUGGCCAGCUGUUGGCAAUAUGCAGGUAAGGUGUUGGAAUGGCCUUUCUAAUUAGUGAAGCUGUAAGAAAACACCAAUGUCAGUUGUAGGCCAGUGGAAUAUGCUGACUGAUCUACUAUGAAUUGAAGGAGGAUUAUCAGGAAAUCAUAGAUUAAUAACAAAUGAAGUAAAACAUUUUCUCUCUGUACUUCCUAAUUACUAUUUCUCCUGGAAAAAAACCUGCAUCAGGAACUUUGCAGGUUUAAACAAUAAUAGAUCCUCAAGAAUGAGGUGAUUUAGGUGUAUUUCAUCUUUAUGGAAUGAUGUAUACAUAUUAUAUACUCUAUACAUAGGUAUAUAUAGAUUUCUAUAUCAUUAAACCAAGCCACAACAUUAAGCAAGUUGUUGGUUAAGUUUCACUCUCUCUUGUAGCUUUCACUAGGCCUUUAAGAAAGUCAUUUUCAUCAUAAACUGAUACUUCUGAUGGCUGAAUAUAUUUGAAACCUCAGUCAGCAGUUCACUGUCUGUUCAUAGUUUGAUUAAUAAAUUUAUAAACUUCACAAAAGAAAUCCACCAGGCAGAGAUUUCUGACUCAAUGCUUGACAGCUCACAAUCCUUCAGUUCAUUAAAAUGAUCAGCGAAGAAACAGUGGCUGGGAAAAUCACAUAUAGAAAAUCCCAGAGUUUAGCUUAACCCAGAGCAUGGAUAAACCACAAGAGGAUCUAUCUCAAUUUUCAUGCAGUCCUGUCAAUUUUAUGACAUGGUACAGCCUCAUGGCUAAAAUGCAUAUGAAUUGUAACUACUUAACAAUUUAACCUACAGUAUAAUCAUUUUCAAAGUGUCUUUUCUGUUCAAUAUUGAAGCAAAAGUAUGACCUCACUUUUUGGGCAGUUAUCUUGAGGUUGUAUCAAAAAUGCAUUCCAAUUAUUUUGUAAUGAUGAGAAGGUUGAGAGUACUUCAGAAGUGCUCUUCAGACAUCAGUUUUCUGUCACUAAUCUGCACCCAACAAUCACUUAACCAGCAUCUCACUUUUCUGUCAUCAUGGCCUCAGCUUUUGUAACUCCAUUCCAAAUAUUAUCACCUUGUUAGUUCCAUUCCAAAGAUCCAGUAAACUUAACUUUUAAAAUGUGCCUUUGACUAACUUUCCUAACUUUUCCACCUUUUUCCACUGUGAAGCGCCUUGGGAGUUUUGCUAUAUUUAAUGCAGAUUCCAAGUUAUUACUGCUUGUCUUGAGAUUGUAAAAUUUCAAGGUUUAUGUACAGCACACAAUUUAUAUCAUUAUUCCAGAUAUGGAGAGAGAUUGCCGCAAAAUUCUGUGUGUUUGAAUUUAUUGUUUUAUAAUGUUCCUUUAUCUAGUGCACAGAAAUAACCUUUAUCCAUAAUGCUCGAUGUAGCAUGAGUGCAGUUUAGAACUGUAAAGUAAAUAAUAUGGAAUAAACGCGUAGGUCCAGAUAUUUCCCAGCUGAUAUUAAUGAACAUACAUUUUGCAUUUUCAUCUGUUAUAAUUAUUGCUAUUAUUACAAUGGCAAUAAAUCUUCAUUAUUUAAAAUAAUCAAACUAUCACAUCAUCAACAGUACCUUUAGGUUUCUGUAACAGUUCAAAUUUAAUUUGUUUCCAAGGGAGCAUGACCAGAAACCAACAAGUCUUAUUUCCUUGUCAACUGUGGAGCUGAUACGCCUAUCCAAGCCAACUUGUUGAGGGCAGUUUCCGUCCACCUGAUUGGAGUACUCCGGUUGGACUAUUCAUUUCCUCCCUUUUGUCCCAGGUGUAUGUCUCCUUCUAGACUCUAAAUGCCUUUUGCCAAUGGAGACUCCCCAUUGUUUCCAUCUUCCUCUUCAGUGAGAAAUCAGCUUCUGCCAAAAAUAUCACUUAACCAGCAUCUCAUUUUUCUGUCAUCAUGGCCUCAGCUUGAUAAAAUAUGUAGGAUUAAGCAUCUCUUUGUAUCAUUGUUUAUUGUGCAUCUAUGACAUCAUGGUCAACCAUGAAAUAUCUAAAAUUCUUCAAACAUAACCCUGCCUUUUUUUGUGUAACUUGUGUAGAAUACUUAAGAGCUGCAUGCUUCGUGAACCAUGUUCUCAAAGACCAUACUGAUACAUUCUAUUCAUUUUAACUCAUUACUCUUCAAUUAAAUGAUUUAUAGCUUUAAUGAUUGUAUUCAUAUUUACCAAUAAAUAUUCAAUGAUCCAUUAAAUGCUCUGAAAGCCUCCUCAUCUAUUUCACAGAAUCCUGGAUAAUUUCUGUCAAUGUCUCCCCUCUUCUAGAUGCAGGUAUUGAAUGUGUUGCCUCAUUAGCCCAUAUACUAUAGAAGUCUGUUAGGAGCAAGGCAGUUAGGGAAUCUGCUAGCAGCACUGGGAAUCAAGCACUGCUACAGGAGAUUCAUCUAUUGAACUUUCCAGGCUUAAGAUCAAUUGAAAAUUCUUCCAUGUAUCAGCUUUCAAAAAAUAACCAAUGAGGCUACAUAAUGUUAUCAAAUUAAUGAAUGGUGCACAAUAUACCAAUUCUUUAUACAAUAUGUAUAGUAUACAGUAACAUAAGUUAAUUUAAGUCCUGUUAUCAUCCUUAAUACAG